AUGGGCCUGCCGGGGUUCGUGUUCAUUUUCGCGUACCCUACCGACCAUAUACACGAUGAGCAACUGAGUGAUUAUUUGCGCGUUUGGAACGCCUACAAACAGAAUGUGGAUAGUGAUGACCUUAACACCCGCCCCGCCGGAUCGUUCAACCAGGCGCUGCUGCAGCCCAGGGAGAAGCCGCUGCUGGGAUGUUCCUCGUCGAGCAUCCAUACCGAGCCCGUUUUCUGCUGGCGCCUGAAACGGAUGGUGAGACACGGUGGCUACGCUGCGUUGACGGAUAGGGCGUUUUAUUUUGAGCCGUCGCCUAACUUUUCUCGCAAGUCCUGCAAGCGAGUGCCGAUCGAUCGCAUCCUCCACAUAUUCAAGCGCGAUAGCGGCAUGCCGUCGAAGGGCGAAUCGGCCACCGCCCUGGAGAUUAUUUCGCUGCCCGAGGACUCGUUUGAGAAGCGGGUUCAGGACUCCCGCAAGUUGUACGGCUGUAUUUACCUCCAGUUCAAGAGGGAGAAUGACCGUGAGAAAUUCACCAGCACUUUGAAAAGCAUCAUCCCCCGGGCUUUUUUCGCUUUGGAAUCGCGGACUUUCCGGAAUGAAAUGACGCAGCUGUGGCGGCGUGGCAUCCUGCCCAACUUCCAGUACAUCGACUUCCUCAACUGCAUAUCCGGCCGCUCGAGGUACGACAUGUCACACUACCCGAUUUUUCCUUGGGUGAUAUCGGAUUACGACAGUGCGACGCUGGACCUGAAGGACCCAACGGUUUUCAGGGACCUGUCUAAACCCAUAGGGGCGUUGAACCCCGAGCGCCUGGUGCACCUCAAAACACGCAUGAGCACGCUGCACCAGGCGGACAAGUCAAACAACGAUUCAGCAUCAGCGUCCGAAAGAGACAAGUGCACCUGCAGCGACGGCAAGUGCGACUCCUGCCUGAUGCGGAUGUGGAACAACGGAUUCUACCUGUACUGCUCGCACUACUCCACACCCGCGCUGGUUGUGUUCUUCCUCAUACGACUGCAACCGGAGUGCCAGUUACGGCUAUACAGUGGGAAGUUUGAUUCUACGGCACGCACCUUCAAAAGCAUCUCGGAGACCUUCCACAACGUGCUCCACGGCCACUCCACCUUCUUCGAGCUCAUACCCGAGUUCUACAGCGGCAACGACGCGUUCCUGCGGAACCAGUUGAAUAUAACCACGCAGGACGGGCGUCUGUGCGACGUCGAGUUGCCGCGGUGGGCGGGGAACUCAUCGUCGCAGUUCAUGAAGAUGAUGCGCAGCGCCCUGGAGAGCGAGCAUGUGUCCAAAAAUCUACACAAAUGGAUCGACCUGAUAUUCGGCUGUAAGCAGGCCGGCCUGGAAUCCAUAAAGAGCGACAACACCUUUCACCCACUGUCGUACCUGUCGUCGGUGCGAGUGGGCAAGAUGCCCAUGACCCGUGCUACGCAAAACCUGCUACGGACAAUGGAACCCAAAGCCAUAUCGGUCCAGGUCCGCGAGUUCGGCCAAGCGCCGAUCAUCUUGUUUGAGACAUCGCAUUCCCCACGGCUGCGUCACCCGCACUGGCAGGAAACGGACGACCCCGUGGACAGCGCACCGUGGUUCAUAUACGUGAAGCGCCACAGCGAAAUAUUCGGUGGCGGCGAUUCAGACGCGGGCGAGGGAUUGCGGCUGGGCCGCACCAUAUCGCAGGGGUGCUCCGAGGGUCACCUGCGCCAGCUGGUCACCACCAGCCCCCGCGACAAAGUUCGGACGCAGCGCUUGGGACAUCUCGGCAACGAGAUAACAGGGGCCGGUUUCGCGGCGCCUGACAUCGUAUAUUCACUAUCGCAAAACGGCUCCAUACAGCUGCGCCACAUCGACAAAGCAGAAACUGUGGUGCGUGCAUCAAUCGAUCGAAGGCCUUUGACAUGUGCCACGUCGGUGAUGGGGCAUCUUUGUGUCUGCUCCUCCAGCGGCAACAUGACCAUGUGCAACCUGCAAGCCAUAUUAUCGGUGAAUGGCGGGUUCCCACUCAGCGACCCGCUUGUUAACGGUGACGUGGUCAAGUUUGGAGACGCUGACGAAGGCGGAUUCUUUUAUCGCAAACAGCUGCAUGCCGACGGAAUCAGCUGCGUUAGCUUUGGUGAUGGCGUGCUCACCAGUGGCGGCUUCGACGAGACGGUGAAGCAGUUCCAGCUUACCAACUCCGACAUCCGCCUGAUCGGCGUGUUCGACGAAACCAACGGCCCGUUGGCCGCACUGUCGAGCGCCAACGGCUUGCUGCUCACGGCGAGCAUCAGCGGAAGCCUUACCCUGUGGGACCCGAGGUCGCCGCACAUCCCAAUUUGGAAUCACGAGAUUCGCCAAAAGGCCGGUAACAGCCGCGUCGUGGCAUGCGGGAUAAGCAACCGGUACAUACAACUUGUGUCCACUGGGGAAUCACCGGUGAUAUUUUGGGACGUGCGCAUGUUGAACUCGUUGAGUUCGUGCAGCGGGUUCAAGCGUGAGCUUGCAUCGCCUCAGUUCAGUAUACUGGGCGCCGUCUGCGACCCGAACGAUUGCGUUUGUCUGUCCGGUACUCAGGGAGGCGCUCCAUCGCUGCAGCUGCACGACCUACACACGAGGUCCAUGCUGAUGACGACGGAACUCGAAGGCCUGGAAUACCCGACCAUCAUGGCAGCGAACGAGUUCGGCGGACCGCACCGGCUACUGGUGGCCAACACCUCAGGCGAGAACCUGACACUCGUCGCCCAAUGA